CAUUCUUUGACGAUGUGGCCACCGAUGGCCGUUCGGUGGGGAGAUACCGCGAAUGGAAACAACAUUACGAAAAGGCUUACAAAAACUUGUUAAAAUUACUGCAACUGAACCCCGACUUGACACCGGUUAGGAUAGCUGUGCUCGACACAGGCCUUGACCUCAAUCACCCUACUGUACAAGCAUCUCCACCUACGGGCCGACGAAACUUUUUAACAGGAGACGAAAACGUAUAUGACCAGGAUGGGCAUGGCACCUUUGUGACGGGGUUGCUGAUGGACUAUGCACCUCAUGCUGAGAUAUUCGUUGGCAAGAUCUCAGAGGGAAAUGUAGUGGCUGGUACGGAUAUAAUCGCCGAUGCGAUCCGUUACGCCGUCGAUAAAUGGAAGGUAGACAUUAUUUCAAUGUCAUUUGGCUAUCCUGAUAGUUGGGCAAAAGAAUAUAAGGCGUUGCGAGACGCACUCCGGUAUGCCCAGACAAAAGAUGUGCUACUAUUUGCGGCGGCCUCCAACGCAGGCUCCAGUCGUGUCAGGGCCUUCCCGGCGAGAUCGACGGAUGUCAUCUGCGUACUCAGCACCUGUGCCCUAGGAAAACCUUCCCAGUUCAGCCCUCCAGCAAUUGAGGGUGACGCCAAUUUAGCCACAGUCGGCGAAGAUGUCGAAUCGCUGAUGCGUAGCGAUUCCUCAGGUCAAGGGCUGCUGACUUGUGUGAAAUCGGGGACCUCGUUCGCGACACCAAUCAUGGCAGGCAUAGCAGCGAUGUUGGUGAGGUAUGUGAGGAUUCUUUUGCCAGAGAACAAAAAUGAUGUGAUGAACAAAGCGGUUAUGGAUAAACUGCUCAUCGGAGUUGCUCAAAAGGGUAACGAACACAACAAAUCACCUGAAUUUCACUUUGUUAAUGUGUACCCUUCCAAAAACUGUAUCCUUGGGGGACUCGAGAAUAAGUACAUGCGGUACGAGCUGGGGAAAAUAAUAUCAUAAGAACAAUUGCG